CACAAAAACACCGUCAUACUUUUUCACACAGACUAACUCUACAAAGGUGAUUUGCAGCUCAUCCAUGGUGUGCUUCGCUAUCAUUAUCCUGAUCCUCAACGCCUUCGGUGCAUUUUCACAAACUCCAAUUACCCAUGAAUUUACGUUCUAUGUGGGGUGCUUUUUCAAUGGCACAGCUGAGGUGGGGUUCCAACUGGACAAUGAAGAGAUUAUGUAUGUGGACUUUCAAAGACAAGAGGCUGUUGUUACUCUUCCUAAAUUUAUUGUUUUUGAUCCGAGUACAUUUAUGGCAGUUUACCACGUGUAUCGGAAUUCUUUAAGACAAAAGAAAAACUGCUUGGCUGUUUUGGAUUAUGUAAAAGUGUUUGAGCAGAGCAAUAUACCACCAGAAGUAGAAGACCCCCCUGACAGCAUUCUCUACCCGUCUGAAGAAGUUGAGCUGGGAGUUGAAAACAGUCUCAUCUGCUUUGUGAAUAAUUUCUUCCCUCCCUCCAUCAAUGUGAUUUGGACCAAAAACGGUGACGUGGUGUCUGAGGGGGUGUCACUCAGUCGAUAUUAUCCCAAUAAUGAUCAGACCUUCCGUCAGUUUUCAACGCUGACAUUCACACCAAAGCAGGGUGACAUGUACAGCUGCACAGUGGAGCACCCUGCCCUGGAGAGGCCCAACACAAGGAUCUGGGAAGUCGACCUGGGUCAUCCCAGCAUUGGUCUUGAUAUUUACUGCGGAGUGGGUCUGACUGUGGCCUUGUUGGGAGUUGCAACUGGAACCUUUUUAAUGGCCAAGGCACACUUUGUACAAUAAUGGUGUUGAGAGUUUCUAAGCCUUAACUUGAUCCUGAGGGAUAAUGUUCUUCUACAACUUAGCUUCAGUGAAAGUAGACAUGAACAAAAAGAAACCACACAGCAUCAUGCCUCAAAUGUAAAAUUCAAACCCUGUACAAAUCCAACUCUUGAUAAAACAGUUGGAUUUUCAUAAGUCAGUGUCACGUUUAUACUAAUGUGGAACUGACUCACCAAUAUGACAAACACACUGAAACGGCUGAUUGACUCAAGUUUGAAUUUACACAAUUAAAAUGUAGAAAAUAUUCAAACUACAUUUGUCUUCUACAAAACAUUCACCUAUAUUUGUGUUUGCAUCCUGGUUACAGCUGUGAGGUUUAUACAAGAUAUACACAAAAAUAAAUUCAACACUUUGGUUUUCCCUCCAGUUUACAAUGGGCUGAUAUGAAGGACAUAAACCUUUUUUCAUGUACACAAUAGACCUAUUCCUCUGAAACAAAUCUGCUGUUUGCUGAGAUAUUCUGUCCCUGGUGUGUAGUGCACUGCUCCAAGUUGAACUGUUCAUAUGUUAAUGCUUUGCUAAUGGAAAUCAAAUAAAAUGUAU